UGAUCUAGAUUACUGAAAAACUGAAGACUCCAACACAUCAACUGCUGAAAAAAUUACAUGUGAAAACACAACAAAGUGGGCUAAGGUACCAGUCUCUGUCAUCACACCAGAUUGAGGAUUCUAAUGCCAACUGAUAUGAGCUGUCGCUUUUCAAUUGGCCCACCGAAGCAUCGAGAAUGGAUGGCACGGAUGUGAACUUUAUCUGAGUACGACUCUGAUAAUUGCACUUUUGGCUAGUGGGUCCUCAUUUUCAGAGACUUAAAACUCCUAUAUCAGAUGUGAAACUUGAAAUAUUUAUAGGCAGUAAGUGUGUAAUGUGGGACAUCUGAUACUGUCUUUCUCUUCCUUCAUCUCUUUCAUGUUUCUUCUCAAACUCUUCCUGUCUUCUAAUUCCUCACCAUGUUUUCAGAAUUUCUGUUUUUUUAGUAGUUGUUAUAAGUAGUUACAUUUUCUGGUAGGACUCUGCUUCAUUUAAAAGCUUGUAUGGAAGACCAGCUUCCUGAGAUGGCUAGCUACAUUCAUAAGGAAUUGCCAGUGUAUUUACGCGGUAAGGGAAUGCUCAUCGAUCCGCCCAUGUUGGAUGCCCUUGCCGGGUCUGCAUUUCAUGGUGCAAUUCAAUCUGACCGGCUGUUUCCCGUCACAGAGCUGGAGCCGGUGGCGGUGAGUGACACUUUCGAUAAGGCGGCUGAGCUCAAUGGAGCGGUGGUUCAUUAUCCAUUCCUCUCUGUUGAGUCUGGCUUGCAGCCCACUGCAGCUUCCGUCGUGAAACGGAGCUCAAUUUCCACUACAGAAGAUCUUAUUGGAUCUUUCACUGAAUUUAGCCAGGGCUAUGAUUUGGAAGGGGUCCAACGUCCCUCGUCGGCUUCUUCGCCUUCCUCUUCUCCACAAACAGUGCCAAACCCAGAAAAAUUCACUCUCUGUCUGCAGGAACCGUCGGCACGCAUGUCGCAAACGUUCCAUGGAUCUAUUAAGAAAGAAGGCCAGGAAUUUCAACAAAUGUCAUCUCCUGGCCCCAGCAGGGCCUCUGAAUUUCAGUUUUUCGAUCUUCAAAUGUAUCAGAGACAGCAAGAAAUGGGGCUUGAAUGGCUUCAAAUUCACCACUUAGUUCCAAAUGUGAAUGGGCUACAUCGUGAUUGGCUUGGCACGACGAAGACAGAGUCAAUGAAGUACUUUGGAAGGCGAUUACAAGAGCAUCAAAAGACACCACCACCAUCAUCCUCAUCGCCUAAGCUCUUCCGUGGGGUGAGGCAACGGCAUUGGGGUAAAUGGGUGGCUGAAAUCAGGCUACCGAGGAACAGAACACGCGUGUGGCUGGGGACCUUCGAGACGGCAGAAGAAGCGGCGAUCGCAUACGAUACAGCAGCUUACAAGCUGAGGGGGGAAUAUGCCCAUUUGAAUUUCCCACAUCUCAAACACCAGUUGAAUGGCAAUUCUAAUUCCAAUGGUGGCAGCAAUUCUCUUCAAUCCAAGAACAUCGUUCUGCAUUCCGCGACAGCUGCUCUGCUUGAGGCGAAGCUGCAGGCCUUCAAUGGGCUGCCAUCCAAACCACAGCCUGUUGAAGAUCCACCAUUGAAGAAACCCAAUUCUUCUGAGGACCCAACUGCUAUUUCUUGGAAUCAAAGAUUGCUGAAAAAAGAAUGCACGUUCGAUCAGAUGGAUGAUACUAAUCCUUCAACCAACAAGAAGACACAGGACUUAAUAUCGGCCGAAACGGAUGGUGUUCUGUUGAGCAGAAUGCCAUCGUUGGACAUGGACAUGAUUUGGGAUGCACUUCCAAAUUCUGAUUCUUGAUUCUUUCCUCUUUUUUUCCUCAUUUUUCUUGUUAAAAUACAAUACAGGAAUGGAUUGGAUCAGGAGACUUGGAACCGAUUUCAAGUCGGCGAUAUUGAUUGAGCUGGAAGCCAUGGUUCAUGAGAGCAUUCAAGGAUUAUAUGUUCAUGAUCAGCUCUUUCUUCUUUCUAGCUCUUUUUAGUUUGAAUUCUAAUAUAAUUUCUAUUCAAUUUCCUCAUUUCAGUUUUUUUUUGUUAUGCCUGGCAUUGCCAGAUAACUCCCACCAGUUAUUAUUGAUAUUCCAGUGGAGAAUGAAAUGAAUAGCUGCUUCA